UUGAAUCUAAAAUAUUAGAAGAUAGUAUAGUCGAACCAUUGCAGUAAAAAGUAAAUUUAAUUACUUAUAUGCUAUAUUAUUAAAUAACUUCUAGCUUUUUAGUUAAUAUAACUAUGUGUAGAGGACUUCAUCGAUUGAACUACGUCACUAUGUUAAUACAAAUUUUAUAUUUAAAUAGUUAUUGAAAAUGGAGUUUAUGAAUUGUGUAUAGGUGCGUAAAAUGUAAUGGAAUGUUUCAUGAAAAACAGUGAAACGUUCGAUAUAUAUAUUUUCAAUAAUACAAUAAAGCAAUUGUUAAAAUUAGGAAUGUAUGAAUUUCUAAAUCUUUAUUGUGACAAGGUUUACAUUGGUUCACGCUUUAUUGGUUACGGUAAAUUUUUUGGCUAGUUAUUCCAGACGAACGUUAUUUAAUUUUAUUUUAUAUUUUCUCCUUCCGUUAAUAAUUUCAAAGUUUAUUGUAGUGCUAUCUAGUCUUCUCUGCACUUAUACGCGGUUUAAAGAUACAAACAAUAACAACAUUUUAAAAAAUUAUUAGAAUUUCUUCAAGAGAUUUUUUGAAAAUCUUAGAAUAACAUAUUGCAUAUAUCCAUUACACCAAAUAUUGCGAUGCGACGAAAAUGUUCAGUUGGUUAAUUCCAAAUAUCAAUCCAUUCAUAAACAAGUGUCUAAAAAUAGAAACUGGUGUCGAUGUUUAUGUCUAUUUUAUUAAUGAGACGAAACAUUAUGAUGCUUGGGAAGAGUCUCAAAAUGAAAUCCAUAUGUCUUUACGAGAUGCAAUCUGCAGAGGAGAUAUUCAAAUGGUUAAACAUAUUUUGUCAGAACUUGGUAGUAGUGCUGAGUUUGUUAUUAAUAUGUCGCCUAAUGGAAGCUCUACACUACUAUAUUGUGCUUGUGAAUUGGGUAGAAAAGAUCUAGUAAAAAUUUUAAUCGAUAACAAAGCAGAUGGCAGAAUACAUCCUAUUACUCGAUACUCUCCACUAUAUAUUGUUGCUUUUAAAGGAAAAAAGGAUAUUGUAGAAUUAUUACUCAAAAACUUUCCCAGUCUUAUUCGUCAAUGUACUGUUGAAAAAUGGUUGCCUAUUCAUGCAGCAUGUAUAAAUGGAAAUAUUCAGGUCUUAGAUCUUCUAUUAAAAUAUCCCUAUCCAUCUAAUUAUUUAAUAAAACUUAAGAAAAAUGAUUGGGAAUAUGAAGUUCCUUUUGAUAUUAAUGCCAAAGAUGUCAAUGGUCAAACUGUGCUAUACUUGGCAUGUCUAUUAGGAAAUGUAAAAAUAGUAGAAGUGUUAUUGAAUUAUCAAGUCAAAGCAACUAAAGUAAAUGGUACUGAUGGAUCCUCUUCUAAAGAAUCUAUUAAUGAUUUAUCUAAAAGAAACCGUAUAUCAGAAGGUAUUCAAUCAAUUGUUUCCCGUCUUAGAGGAAACCAAAAUAAAGAUAUGGAAAAUGAAAAAUACUUAAAACCCAUAGAAAUUAAUGUGUAUUGUAAUGAAGAAGCCCCAGAAACAGCCCUUCAUGUUGCUGUACGCAAUAGUUACAAAGAAAUUGUUGAUGCAUUACUUGAAGCUGGUGCAGAUCCUAAUUUACCAACUUUACAAACAUCUAUUGAAUUUAAACAAAAUGAAGAUGAUAUUCGUGAAGCUGGAUGUACUGCUUUAACAUUAGCCUGUAAAAAAGGGGAUGCUGGUAUUGUUGAGAAUCUUCUUAAACAUGGUGCUAGGGAUGAUGAUUGCAAAGCACUUACAGCUUCAAUGGAAAUUAAGAAUCAAUUUUUGAUUACCACAUUGCUUGGUACUAAAGCAUUUGCUGAUCCUGAACAUAAAAUAAAUAAAAAAGCCAUGACUGACAAUAUUUCCUCACAAUUUGGUAGUUUAUCAAGUUUAACAUAUAGUAAUAUAUUUCCUAGUACUCCAGUUAUGAUUAAUUGGCAUAGUCAACGGUGUAAACUUGAUAACAUAAAAUCACAAUGGCUGAUAGAUGCAGCCCUUCAUAUUAAUCCAAAAUUAAAAAUGAAUCCAAGAAGUAAAGAGAUUGUUUUAUUCGCUAUUACACGGCUAGAUAUAUCUAAUAACUCACUUACACAAGUACCUAUUAUUAUAUUUCAAUUGCCAAGUCUGAGAUAUUUGAAUUUGGCUCAAAACAAAAUCGAAAAAUUGCCAAAUAGUAGUAAUUAUGGACAUGUAACUUCUCCUACAACUAAAAAAAUUUCCAGGUUUUAUAAAUCUGUCUAUACUGCUAGUGUUUUAGAAGAACUAUACUUGCAAGAUAAUAGACUAGAUAAGAUCCCAGAAGAUUUAUUUAGAUUACCUUCAUUAACUACAUUAGAUGUAUCAAAUAAUAAACUACAGUCUGUACCUUUUCAAAUGUGGCAAGCACCUAAACUUAAAGAUUUUAAUAUAUCAUUCAAUUUAAUAAAAGAACUUCCUUUUGCUCAAUCAGAACAAGAAGCUAAAAGCUUACGUGAUAGAUCAGUUGGUAGAGUUCCUUUAUUAGAUAAAACUUAUGAAGUUAAGAUUACGGAUGCAGUAGAUAUUGAAAAUGAAAAUGUCUUAUUAGUUCAUCAUAAUGUUUGGAAUCGUUCAGUUGAAAUUAUGGAACAAAUUAUUAGAGCUGAUGAAACAGAAGUAAAAUCAAAUAGCUCUCAAUUAUCAACAUUGAAUCUUUCGCAUAAUCAAUUCAGUUCUAUUCCACCAGUUUUAUCAUGUUUAGCGGUCAAUUUAACACGACUAAACAUGUCUUAUAAUUGCUUAAGAACUAUGAGCUAUGUAACAUCGUAUCCGAACUCAUUAAAACAGCUUGAUUUAAGUCAUAAUAAAAUAUGUGUAUGGCCAAGUUUACCUCAAGUUAACUUAGAAGAAACCUCUUCAGAUGAAGAAAACAUUCUAUGUUAUAGACUAGAAACAGGACAAGUUCCUAAGUCUACUAUCCCAUCAAAAAUUCGUACAAGCCGAAGAAUGUCAUUACGAGCUAAUAUUUUAAAUAAAGUUUGCUCUCAUAGAAGACAUUUAAGACUUGAAAAUUUGAGAACCCUUAUGUUAGCUGAUAAUUGCCUUAAAAGAAUACAAUUAUCAACUGAUGAUGAUGGUAACUUUACAAAUUCCAAUGAUUCUGCUGAUGAAUUAGAUGAUUGGGAUGCAUCAACAUUGGGCUAUUCCAGAUCAAAAUUAAUUUUUCCUAACCUUAGUAUGUUAGAUCUAAGUAACAAUCAAUUAAAAGAAAUUCCAUCAAACAUAAAUGAACUUAUAAAUUUGUCAGUAUUUAAUAUAAGUGGAAAUAAGGAUAUUGUUGAGUUACCUUCACAAAUGGGAUUAUUAUCACGUCUAUGGAAUCUCAAUACUAGAGGUUGUAACCUACAAGAACCAUUAAAGACCAUGAUCGAUUCAAAUAAAUAUAAGACUAUGGAUGUAAUAGGUUACUUAAAAUCAGUACUUGAAGAUGCUAAACCCUAUGCACGCAUGAAGCUCAUGAUUGUGGGUGUUCAAGGAAUUGGUAAAACAUCAUUAUUAAACCAACUAAGACAAGAAGGCACUGGAAGCUACAAAAAGAAACCAGUAGAUCACUGGGCAAAACGAAUGGGUAACAAAAGCAUAAAUCAAAAAACAAGCAAAGGAACAAAUAUUUCUACAGUAGGUGUUGAUAUUAGUGAUUGGGUGUAUGAAAAAAAAAUUAGAGGUAAUUCCCAAUAUGGUCCAGUUAUGUUCAGAACUUGGGACUUUGGUGGUCAAAAUGAAUAUUAUGCGACUCAUCAGUAUUUUUUAUCUAAAAGAAGUUUAUACAUAGUUGUUUGGAAAAUUCCUGAUGGUCAUCGAGGAAUUGCAGAAAUCUUACAGUGGCUAGUUAAUAUACAAGCUCGAGCUCCCAAUUCCCCAGUUAUUAUUGUUGGUACACAUUAUGACAUAAUGAACACCAAUAAUCCAGAUUAUAACUCAGAAAUUCUACAACAAAUGAUUAGAGAAAAAUUUAUUAACAUAGUAGAUGCUGAAAAAUAUGGAUUACCUCGAGUUUUGGAUACAAUAGAAAUCAGUUGCAAAACAAAACACAACAUUAAGCUGUUGUGUAAUAUAAUUUAUGAUACAGUUUUUAGUUUAAAAUCACCUGGAAGUAAAGAACUUAUGUUAGAACAAAAAGUUCCAGCAACAUACUUAGCUUUAGAAGAUAUUAUAAUUCAUAUAGCUAAUGAAAGGCGAUUAUCAGGUCUUGAUCCUGUAUUAAAUCUUGAUCAAUUUAGAACUGCAGUCAAUGCAGAAAUGAUUUCUAGAUUUCAUAAAUCGUUUAGAGAUAUUGCUGAAUUAAAUCAAGCAAUUUUAUUUUUACAUGAAAAUGGUGUAUUGUUGCAUUAUGAUGAUGCAACUUUAAAAGAUCUGUACUUCUUAGAUCCACAAUGGCUGUGUGAUAUGCUUGCUCAUGUUGUUACAAUUAGAGAAAUUAAUCCUUUUGCUCGCUCUGGUAUUAUGAAACUUGAUGAUCUUAAAAUAGUAUUAAAAUCAUCAACAUGCACUAGAGAAUAUAUUGUUAAUUUACUUAAUAAAUUUGAAGUAGCUUUAACAUGGGAUAGUAGAUCAUUACUAAUACCAUCAUUAUUGCCUUCUGAAGAAGAUAUGAUUGGUCAAAGAGCACAAUAUGUUGCAAUAAAAGUACCCAUCAAAUCAAAAUCUCGUAAGCUUAGAACUUUAAGCCAACCAACAUUGGAUUUAACAGAUGUAGGUGAAAAUUUAACUAGUCGAUCUGAUCCAGAAGUUUCAGUUCGACGUUUAUUACUUAUGUCAUAUUUCCCAUCUGGGUUUUGGUCUCGAUUAAUUACUCGAAUGCUUGGUGAUGAUGCAAUUAUUGAAGUUAUUCGUAAUUUUUUUACUCCAACUGAAGUCAAUGGUGAUGACUCUUUUAGUACUGAUUUUCAAUCCAACUUUGAUUGGGUACUUUGGCAAACUGGAAUUGAAUUGAAGUUUGCCAAUAAAAUUACUUUAUUUCGAAUGAAAGAAGUUUUGCAAAAAAAUUUUCCUAUUAAUUAUAAGAAUUUAAGAUUUCAGUUGUUUCAAGAAAAUGCAUGGUAUGAUAUACCAAUAAAAACAUCAUCAAUUCUUGAAGCUUACUUGCCACUGGACACAGUUAUAAUAAGAAAAUCAAUACAAAACAAAGCUAAUGAGGACAUAGGGUUUAGGGCAAUUGUUUUAGAUCCAUCACCAGUUCAAGCUGCAAAAUUUUUAGCUCUUGUAGUUGAUCAUAUAGAUGUUUUGUUAGAAGACUGGUAUCCUACUCUUGGUACUAGGUUUGUUCAUACAUCUGAAGGAAAAUGCUUAGUUACUAGAUUAGUUCCUUGUCCAAGAUGUUUAAUUGGAAAUCUAGAAGUUAAAACUCCCUUCCUAAAAGACAUUAAAAAUGAUAAUAGCUUUAAUAAUAAUAAGUCUAGUUUAUCAAAAGAAUUUUUAAAAAAAGAAUUAGAUAGCAAAAGUUUAGUUCGAAAAUCGCAAGAGAGUUAUAAUGGUUCAGAAGGAGGUGAUAGUGGUGUUGGUCAUGAUAGUCCUCAAUCUAGUAGAAAAGUGUCAGUUGAAGGAAGUCCAUUGGUAUUGGAUGAACAGAUUGAAUGUGAAAUUCAUUUUGGGUGGACUGUAGAAGAUUGCAUUUUGGCAGCAGCAUCAAAUGACAAACUUUGUAUAGUAUGUCCCAAACAUGGAGAUUUCCCAUUAGCACAAGUAGCUCCAGACACAGUAUUUUUAGAUUUAGGAGAAGAAUUAGUUAUUAAAGAUGAAGAUAUAAUUAGAGGUAAACUAUUAGGGCGUGGUGCUUUUGGAUUUGUGUUUCGUGGAGUAUGCAAAGGAAAACGUCCCGGAGAAAGCAUGCAAAUUGCAAUUAAAAUGCUUCAACCAGUAGCACCUGGACCUAAUGCUAAUCAAUCAGCAAUUAUUGCUUAUAAAGGUGCCCUAGCAAAAUGGGACCGUGAUCCAUUACAAUAUACUUGUAAAUCUUACUGUAGUGCUAGACAAGAAUUAAACAUUAUGUUAAAUCUUAAACAUUCUAAUAUUGUUCCAUUACUUGGCGUUUGUACAAAACCUUUAGCACUUAUACUUGAUUUAGCACCUUGUGGAGCUUUAGACCAAAUUUUAAGAAAUUAUCGAAGAUCAGGCACAAAGCUUGACCCUCAUAUAAUGCAACAAAUUUUAUUUCAAUCAGCAAAAGCUUUGGAAUAUUUACACCAAUUACGAAUUAUUUACAGAGAUUUAAAAAGUGAAAAUGUACUAGUUUGGUCUAUACCAGUUCCUCUACAAGAUCCUUACACAGUUACUACCCAUAUAAAAAUGGCAGAUUAUGGCAUAAGUCGUUUAUCACUUCCAUCUGGUACUAAAGGUUUUGGUGGCACAGAAGGUUUCAUGGCUCCUGAAAUAAUAAAAUAUAAUGGAGAAGAAGAAUAUACUGAAAAAGUAGAUUGUUUUUCAUUUGGUAUGUUUAUUUAUGAACUAUUGACAAUGCAUCAACCAUUUGAAAACCAUGAAUCCGUAAAAGAAAGUAUUUUAGAAGGACAUAGACCAGCUUUAACAUUUAGAGAAACAUCUUAUCCAAGCUAUUUGUUGGAUUUAAUGGCUGUAUGUUGGUCACAAAGUCCAAAAGAUCGACCAUCAGCUAGUCAAAUUGUUUCUAUAGUGUCUGCUCCAGAAUUUACUCAUUUAUAUGAUGUUAUUUCUUUAAAUCAUUCAGCAGAUGUAAUUUCUUGUACUAUGGUGCCAUUACCACUGAGUGAAGAUGAUGAAGUAACUGGUGAUGAAAUCUGGUUACCUUGUAUUAAUGAUAAAUUGGAUCGUUUAGCAUUUAGCAAUACAAAUUGGUUUCAUUAUAGAAGCAAAACCAUUACACACAAAGUGACAGUUUUAUGUACAAUUGAUGAAUUUAGUAUUUGGUUAGGUGAUACUGAAGGACAAAUUCAUGCUUAUUCGAGCAAUGACUGCAAGCACAUUUUUAGCUAUAAACUUAUAAAUGACGAUCAGAAAGUAGCAGUAAAAUGUAUAACUAUAUUAAAAGACAGACAUAGGAUAGCAAUCGGUUUAGAAAAUGGUAGAAUAUUUCUUGUUAGAAAUGAUAUGUCUCCUCUUGCUCCAACUAUGGGCGAAGGAAGUUUUGUUAUGAGUGAACUUGGUAGUUCAACAGUUUUAUUUUGUUUUAUUGCUGUUAAUAGCAACAAAAACUGUGAAUUAUGGUGUGGUGAAAAUCAUGGUCAAAUAUCAGUUUAUACCAUUAAACAAAAUGUUGCAAUUAACUAUGAAGUCUUAGAGCACUUUAAAUGUAAAAGUCUAGAAGUUCAAGUUAUGUCAUUAAGUUAUUCUUCUAAUCAUAGUUUAGUUUGGUCAUAUGUGCAUCCAGGUUGCAUAAUUUAUCAAUGGAAUGUAAAGACUAAGCAAAUUGUAAACAAACUCGAUUGCUCAAAACUUAUUCCAUGUUCAGAGAGUUUAAAAUCAAUCAGCAUAGAAGAACGAUUAAGCCCAGGAAAAUGUCAGAUUACUAGUGUAUGUGCAACUGGCGAUGAACUGUACUUAGGUACAGCUUGGGGAUGUAUUGUUGUUAUUGAACAAGAAACUGCUCGACCCAUUACUAUUUUUAGACCAUAUGAACAAGAAGUAACAUAUAUAGCAGCUUCUAGUGAGGGAAAUACAAUAGUCAGUAUUGGUCAUGGUUAUAGAAGUUUACUCAAAAGGUACUUGUCUCAUUGCAAUGAUUUAGCUAAUGUAAUGGGAACCACAUUUGCUAUAUUGUGGUCUACACACAAUUGGAACUCAUAUUAAUAAUUUAUACAGAAGUUACUAUGAAUGUUUUAUUCAAUAAUCAUUAACUAUAAAUAUUAUUUAAUGUUUGAUAUUUUAGUAUUAUGUUAACUUUCAUUUAUUAAAGCAAAAUGUGAUUUUAGUUUAUAUGUUUACAAUAUAAACUAUUAAAUUUGAAUUUUAUUUUAUACUAUUAAAUUAGUUGAUCAUUUAAUAUUAAACUGUAUGUUUUUAUAGUUAUUUGUAUUUUUUUAAAUUAUUUUUGAUCUGCCUUGUCAUAUUUUUAAACUUAAAAUCACAAGUUCUUAAAGUAUUAAUAUUGAUCUAUAAUAAAACUCUAAAUGCGAUAUUAAAAAAAAAAAAAGUCUAUUUAAGCAUCUCAUAGUUUUAAGUUGUUAAGUUAAAAUAAUCAGACAUUUUUUAUUUUCAUAACAUCUUAAAAUUUAAAAACUAUUAAGUUUCUAUAUUUUUAAAGAACCCACAUUCAUUCAUUUGUUAAGAAUCUAAAAAUUAAUUUACCAAUAAUACUUGUAUGGCACUAUAUUAUCAUUUAGGCAAAUUGCUUAAUACUAUUAAAUGUUUGUAUUGUAUAUAUAACAUAUUGUGCACUCUUUUUGAUUAUAAUAACAAAUUAUUUUAUUUUCAUUGAACACGACAAUUUUUUUAUAACAGUAUUAAAUUUAAUUAAUGUAAUACCAAAGUUUUUCAUAUUUCUUUAAGAAAUUAAGAUUUUAUUUUAUAAAAUUUUAUAUGCUAUUUUUUACACCAAAUUAUUAAUAAUCGCAGUAUUAUGUUUGUGAUUUUUAUUUAGUUAAGUACAGUACAAUAUUGUAAUCCUAUGUAUUAAACUUAUUUUAGCUUAUUUAUUAUAUUUUUAAGUAAAAUUAUUGUAUAGAUUAAAAAAAUAAGUAAUCGUGUUAAGUUAAACUAUUUUUUUUUUAUAAAUAUCGUUCAAAAAUAAGUAGAUCCUUAAUUUAUAUUUUUAGUAUAUUUCAUUAGCAAUUUCUUUAAUGCACUUAACACAGUUGCCUAUUAACCAUUUAACAAAUAUGUUUUUUUUUAUAUUGUUGUUAUAUUUUGUUAUUUAGAACAUUUAAUAAAUUGUUUUUACAUA